AUGGGGAGGGAGGAGAACGUGGAGCUGAAGGUGGCGAAGAAGGGCUUCCGGGAGGCGGAGGCGGAGGGGAACCGCGAGGAGGAGGCUCGGUGGGCGAAUGUGAUCGGCGAUAUCCUGAAGAGGCGAGGGGAGUACGUGGAGGCCCUCCGAUGGCUCCGCCGUGACUACGAGCUAUCGACGAAGCACCUCCCGCAGAAGCAACUCCUCCCAACGUGCCAGUCCCUGGGUGAGGUCUACUUCCGCCUCGAGCGUUUUAGGGAGGCCCUCACGUAUCAGGUAGGAAACGUGUUGGUGCUCAUUUUCCUCCUUUUUUUCUUUCUUUUCUGGGUUCUCCGAGUUUUUUUUUUUUUUACGAGUCACGAUGCCAGAUGUACAUUGCGAGGUAGUUGCCCCCCAUUUUUCAGCUACCGCGGCUUUCGAUUUGCGCGGGGCAGGAUAUUUUUAGUGAAGAAUUGAUGGGAAAGUUUAUGGUAUUGCUCAAUCAGGUGCUCAGCCCGGAUUUUACAGGUAGAUUGUACAGGAAUUUAUAUCGCCCAAUAAGGUGCCCAGCCAAAAUGGUAGAGGGAGAUGCAUAUGUAGGGUGCGCUCAUAGGGGCUAUAGUGAGAGUAUGGAUCCCCGGUGGGGGGGGGGGGAGGGGAGAGGGAGAGGUGGGGAUGGCGUUGGGAUCAGUUUAUUUGCCUUCUCAAUCGCCAUGCGGGAGCCUUUCGAUAGUGCUUAAUGAUGCUCCCUCAAGUUGUGCCUUGUUUUCUUAUAUCUCUCUUCUUGUGCGCAGAAGAAACAUUUGCAGCUUGCCAAGGACUCAGAGGAUCUAAUUGAGCAGCAGAGAGCAAGUACACAACUUGGUCGUACUUAUCACGAGAUUUUCUUAAAAUCUGAAGAUGAUCAUUAUGCCUUACAAAAUGCUAAAAAGUACUUCAAGGCGGCCAUGAAGCUUGCUAGAACAUUGAAGGAGAAACAGUCAUAUAAUAAAUGCUCUCUUUUCCUCAAGGAAUUCAUUGAUGCGUACAACAACUUGGGGAUGCUUGAAAAGGACCUGGAUAAUCUGGAAGAAGCCAAGAAAAUUCUUCUUCAGGGCCUAAAAAUUUGUGAUGAUGAGGAAGUUUCUGAAAAUGAUGAUGGACGAACCAGACUUCAUCACAAUCUUGGGAGUGUCUAUCUGGAACUUCGAGAAUGGACUAGAGCUAAAGAGCAUAUUGAAAGGGAUAUAAGGAUUUGCAAGAACAUUGAUCACCCAGAAGGGGAAGCAAAAGGUUUCAUUAAUCUUGGUGAACUGCAUUAUCAGAUGCAAAACUACGAAGACGCUAUUCAUUGUUAUCAUAAGGCUCUAAACAUUGCAAGUUCCAUGCAAGAUGAAGAUGCUCUAGUUCAUGUAAUCAAUCAGAAUAUUGACACAACAAAAGAAGCCAAAAAGGUACUGGAGGAGGUCAAGAGAGAGGAGCUGAAGCUUAGAAAAUUGGCAAGGACCACUUCUGAUGCUCGUGGCACAGGAGUUGAAAGGAAGUGUCUAUUGGAGCAGUAUGCACUAUUGGACUGCCUGAUUGAGAAGUCCCACUCAAUUUCUGCAUGGUCAAAAGUAAGAAUUUUAUCCUAGACCCUCUGUUAUCAAUUUUCAUCUAUUGAGGUACAUGUUUCGUCAUACAAUCAGCACGGUCGAGUAACCAAGCGGAAAACAGUUGGCGCUGAUUCAGUGCAUUGGAAGAAUUGUUUUCUUUUAGGGUUGGAAAAUGUUGAACACAUGCAUACGACUUUUCUUCUUUGUUUUAUUGAUGUCUGCAUAGAUAUGUUCAAUGAAAUACUUGCAGCAUUUUCACUUUACCUGCUCAACAGUAGGACCACUUUUAAUUUGUGUUAAUAUUUUCCUGAAAUAAUAAGUGCUUUAAUCACUUUACCUUCAACUUUCGGCAGUCGUAUUUGAAUCGGUGGUUUUGUGAUGCUUUGAAUUAUUUAUUGCAAUAUUUUUUCUCUAGCUUCAAGAAUUUGCUAAAAGGAAGAAAAAAGUGGCUGACGAGCUUUGUGACAUCGAAAAGCUGAGUGAUUCAUAUCUGGCCAUUGGAGAGUCCUAUCAAAAGCUCCGAAACUUCAGCAAAGCACGGAAAUGGUACAUGAAAAGCUGGAACGUUUCAAGAUCGAUUAGAAACCUCGAGGUAUGCUGUAUAUUGUUUUUGUGUGAGCAUUGUUCUCAAUAAUAGCUUGUAAAUCUCUAUAUCACCAUGGACGAUGAAUUGCAGUUAGAAGCAUAAUAUACCCACGUGAAAUAAAUACUUAAUAUAUCACACUGUUAUGAAGAACAUCAUCCUUUCUUCAAUUGACUGGUUAAAAUUUUGGCUAACAAGACAUCAAGCAUGUUAAAAUUAUUAUUUUGGUAUAAAGACUUAAUUUAUCAUACUGUUAUGAAGACGCCUGUUUUAGUGCACUAUUAAUUGCAUUGACUUUAUCAUGUUAAAAUUCUGAUUUUAGUGAAGGGCUCCAAUGUUUCACUUUCCAGGGGCAAGCAUUGGCCAAGAUAAAUAUAGGAAAUGUCUUGGACUCUGCUGGUGAUUGGGCUGGUGCAUUGGAAUCGUUUGAGGAAGGUUACAGGUGAUUGUUCCCACUCACUAUUGUCAUUGCAGCACGAUCACUAAAUUGGGUAUAAUUAUCUCAUACUGGAGAUUUUCCGUCUUGGCUCAUAUUAUGGUGCCAAUCCCUCACUGUUUCUUAAAUUUCAGACUUGCAAUUGAGGGCAAUUUCCCUUCUGCACAGUUAUCGGCUCUUGAGAACAUGCAUUACAGUCACAUGAUCAGAUUCAGUAAUGUUGAACAGGCUAGGUAACUCCGAGAAUCUCUAGCUCAAACAAUGGGGCGCGUGCCCAUCAAUUCGCCUCAUGAACCAUUUUUUGCUGCAGGAAGCUACAAGAUGACAUUCAGAAAUUAAGACGAGUUGUAGAUAAUGAAGAUGAGCUGAAGAACUUCAGGAAUGAGUAUUGUUCUGAAACUGAAACCGAGGGAGAGGAGAUAUCUAGUCGUGCACCAGAUGCAUACCAUCUAAGGGAAGAAAAUGGAACUGUUACCAGCAGGGUGCUGCCAACUGCGAAUGUUGAUGACUUUGGUGAGGACAGACCUCUUGCUUCUCUUGUGUCUUUGAAAAAGAAUCAGUCGAAGGCAAAAAUUUCCAUUUUGGAUUCUCAUAGUAUGAGAAGCAUUCGUUCUCUGAUCCCUGAAUCUCCUAGAGAUUUAAGCAAAUCCAGUCAUAGUCAGCAACAUGCUAGAAAACGUGCCCGCGUCAUCAUUUCUGACGAUGAAGAUGAGAGUGAUGCAUCAGGUUUCUUAAGGGGACAAGCUACCACAGAUCCUGUAGAGGAAGUUGCAACUUCAAAUGAUGGUUGGUUUUGCGCCUUGUGAACAUUUCUCCUUUUAUAAAGGAUCUAUAUUUCUUUCCUGAAAUCCAAUUAGUUGUGAAAGCAAUUUUUUGUUGUUUUUUUUUUUUUUUUGACAGAUAGAAGUAACAAACGGACUAGACUUACUGAUAUGUCAGAGGUAAGUUACACGCCAAUGAUUAACCUGAUGGUUCCUCAAAUAUUACCAGGAUUCGUUCAUACCCUUCGGCAUUCUUUAUGCAAGGAUCGCUAUGUAGCUCAGUGCUCAGUGUAAUACUUUUAGCAAAGUUUGGGGGGUAACAUAAUUAUCAGUAUGUAAACAAAAUUUUAUUGGCAGGACACCUCGCAACCCAGUGGCACCAAGAGUGUAGGGAUCCCCUCUGUACCCCUGGUCCAUCUUGAAGAAAGUGCCUCUUCCUUCAAAUCUAGAAGCUCGAAGCAUAGUAAUGGGAUUGAAAUGGAUCGUUAUUCUUUGAGUCCUGCUGAAGAUUUUUAUACAAGAAAGGGUCUGACGAGAGAGUUCAAAAUGGACCAAAGUCAUAUCUCUGGUGGUUUUUUACCGAGAAGGAAUGGUACAGAUUUCCAUCUUCCUAAUUGUGAGGAAGCGCAUGCUGUAAGUUAUUUAAAGUGGACAAUUGAGAAUGAUACUAAUUACAUUUGCGUCCUUAUUUUCUUGAAGCUGUUAUAUAUAUCUUUGAGAAAUACUAAUCUUAUCUUUGAGAUGGAUAUUACCUGUUUAUGGAACACUGGUCGUAGUCCAAAUAGAUAGAAAACACUCAUGUUCAAGACGGUUGCACAAAAGGAUAGGACUCAGGGGCAUUAGAUUAUAGUCCCCUUAGAUGGCAUGAUUUUUUUUCCUCCAUUUGUUAUCUAUUUCAUAUAUCAAUUUCGAUGAUUUUAAUCUAACAUUUCUUGGUGAUGUUUACAAUAAGAGUGUUCAGUCACGUCAGAUAUGAGAUCUAUGACAUAUUUGGAUAGCUCAAUCAUUCCCAAGUUGGGAUCUGUCUCACUAGAUUCAAUGAAAAAGGUUGUCUAAUCUUGUGUCCCCAGCGGACAACCUUCUGUUCAAGUUAUAUUUCUUUUGUUUCCGUAAACAGGGAAUUCAUCCAUUCUAAAUGGUCAUUUCUUGAAAUGUUUUUCUCGAUUUGGCUAUAUGAAUAUUACUUCACUAAAAAUACUCUUUGUUUUAUAGACCCUUUGUGUGAUGCUUUGUUCAUGGCCAAGCGAGAAUUCCGAUAUCUGUUGAUCACAUAAGGAGGCAUCCGAUGUGAUAAAAUUGCAUGCAAACCAAUGUUUCUGAUGCUAGCCUGUUUUCUUUCACUACAUUUUAGGUCAUACUCUUGAUUCAUUAGCCUGUUAACUCUGUUCUCCCUUGUUUAUGCAGCACACUGUCACAUUCAAAGUAGAAGGCUACUUCAUCAGUGUAGACAUCUGUCCUUGCAUGAAGAGCGAUAGGAUGUGUGAGGAAUACCUAAAGGCUGCAGUGGGCUGUCUUUACUAUUUUCAGCUCCCUGAAGAAAAGAAAUCAAAGGGUAUGAAUUGAUGAUUCCUUGCUUUCAAGUGUACCCAUGAGACAAAAAAUAAAAAUAAAAAUAAAAUUCAAAAAUCAUGCCGUUUCUUUACUUUUGACCCUAUUUUUCGGACUUUGACAGGUCUGCUACCUAUUAUCCGUAGCCUUAAGGUUUUUGGGAAAGGUCUGGAGAUGGCUGAGUCAGUAGAUGAGAUCAGAGAUCACGUUUUUGACAGGGAUCAGGGUGAAGGUGCUAUCGAGGGUAAGGUUUGACCACAAGCUGCAUUCUACGAAUUUGCAUGCUCUAGAUUUUAUCAUAACAAUAUUUCUAUGUAUCAACUAAAAUUAUGGAGUAGAAUAAUCAGGAUACUUUGCUAGUUUACUAAACUGGAGAUUUUUUUUGUCAUGAUUUUAGAUACUUUAUUGUCUGUCAAGGCAUAGUAGUCAUAUAAAAAUGAGGCAUUUCUGGAGUGAAUAAUGAUUUUUGUCUUAUUGAUACCCGUGAUUUUUGCCGCUUUAUUUGCUCUAAUUUUGUAGAUAUGAAGUUGGUAUCAUUUGAAUCUCUCUUACUUUUAAUCCCUUUUUUUGUUUUCCAUGAGCUUUUUUUCUCUCUCUAAAAAAAUGGUCUUGUUUGCCUGACGUCAUGCUUUCCUCUUUCUUAUUGAUGACCGGCGAUCUUUGCCACUUGAUUUGCUCUAAUUUUAUAGAUAUGAAGUUGGUAUCAUUUAAAUAGCUCUAAAUUUUAAUCCUUUUUUUUUCCAUAAACUUAUUUUCUCUCUCUAAAAAAAUGGUCUUGUUUGCCUGCGUCAUGCUGUUCCUCUGUUCUUAUUGAUGACCGACGAUCUUUGGUACUUGAUUUGCUCUAAUUUUAUAGAUAUGAAGUUGGUAUCCUUUAAAUCUCUCUAAAUUUUAAUCCUUUUUUUUUGUUUUCCAUAAACUUAUUCUCUCUCUCUAAAAAAAAUGGUUUUGUUUUUUUUUCACAGGGUGGGUCCCAAAGCGCCUCCUAAAAUCAUACAUUGACUGCUGCAAGAAACAAUCCGAGGAACCCAGUAUGAAGCUGCUUAUAAAAUUAUAUAAUCUGGAGGUGGGUCUCCUCCUCUGACCAACCCCCCUACCCCCUUACCCCUUCCUCAUCUCUCGUUGACCUUGCGCUGUUGUUUCUCCCUUCAGGUCUCAGAAGAUGAAGUCAGCGUCUCUGACUGUGGCCUGCAGGACGUAUCAAUAUCUCCAUUCUUAGAAGCUCUGCAGGAGCACAAAUCCCUCGCCGUGUUAGAUCUGUCCCACAACCUGCUAGGUAUAUGCAUAAAAAUCCAAUCUUUGUGCACAAAAAUGGCGUCAUCCCAUCUCGUUUUCUUCUUUACACCGCCGUCAUCAUCACUCAGGAAACAACACCGUGGAGAAGCUCCAGCAGAUAUUCUCUGUUUCAAGACAGAAAUAUGGUGGCCUGACGUUGGAUCUGCACUGCAAUCAGUUUGGGCCUACUGCUCUGUUCCAGGUUCUUGGCCUCCAUCUGCUCUGCUGCCUGCGUUCAGAAAUCUAAUAAUUACAUUUAUUUUGAAAUGGGUAUUUUUUAUUUUUUAAUUGUUUUUUUUAGACUAACAUGGUUGACCAAAUUCCUGCACUGGUCAACAGAUCUGUGAAUGCGCCGUGUUAUUAUCGCGAUUGGAGGUCCUCAAUCUUUCUGAAAACCGACUCACUGAUGCAUGCGGUUCUUAUCUUUCAGCCAUACUGGUCAGCUGCAGAUGUAUGUGGCCUCUCUGUCAUCCGCUUUAUUGAUAUAACCCAUGCUGGUCAACUGCAGUUUCUUCUGACAUAAAUCUUAAAUUUUCUGAAGCACUAUAUAGUUUAAACCUGGAGCAAACCUGCAUUACAUCCAGAACAAUCCAGAAGAUUGCCGAUGCAUUGCCUGAUGGGUCUCCUCUUUCUCAGCUCUUUAUAGGUAAUCCAGUACCAGUUUCUCUGGGUCAGAUUUCUUCCCUGGGUUCUCUCUCAUCUUAGCCCCCCUCCCUUUGGUUGACCCAAUCCCACAGGGAGAAACAGCCCUGUUUCAGGAACUGCCGCAGUCAAUCUGCUGAGUAGACUCUCCACCUUGAAGAGGUGAGCGAAAUCGGGAUCGGCAUUGCAGUUUGAACUCCUCUCUCUCUCAAUUCAGUUGUAACUGUUCUCAGAUUUUCUGAACUGAGCAUGAGAGGGAUAAAGCUAAACAAGCCCAUGGUGGACGGCCUCUACCAGCUGGCUCGAUCAUCCAAUCUCUCAGUUCUGAAUCUUGGGGGAUCGAGCAUCGGAUCGGUGAGCAGAUAGAUGCCUUCGAUAAUCUGCUUCGUCUUUUCGCAUAUAUAUAGAACAAGUGUUUUCUGAUCGGCUUCAAAUCUUGUAGGCCAGAGCGAUCCAGUUGGUUGAUGCGUUGUCCGUGGGAUCUGGAGAAUUGGUGAAGCUUGAUCUCUCAUUUUGUGGGUUGGAUACUCAGGGUCUCGCAAAGAUAUGCACGAACAGUUCCAUUGUGGGUUGCGUCACCGAUCUAAACCUGGGUGGAAACUCCUUCGGAAGAGAGGUAUUUCUCCAUCUUCCUUCUGAGGGUGAUGCCUCGAACUCGUGAUUCAGCUUUUCCGAAACAGGCAGAUUGAUCCAUGGUAUUAUUGGGAAAUCAUUGUCCUGGAUCGUCAUCUUCUUCACUCUGGAGUUCCUAGAUUUCUAAAUCCAACUCUGCCGGCUGCGAAAUCAGGGCUGCGGCGCGUUAGGUCAACUGCUCGCGGAUUCCCGGUGUUGCAUCCGAGUCCUCAACCUUGACAGGUGCCGCCUAGGGUUCUCCGGGAUCGUCCACAUUCUCGAAUCGGCCUCAGGUGAGGAACCUCAAGUUCUUCUACCCUCCUUCGGUUUUUCCAAUUCUGUUUUCGAAUCAGAGAUCCUCCCUCCCUGCACAAUCUCAGAGAACGAAUCCAUAGAGGAGCUCUACCUCGCCGAGAACGUCGACGCCACCGCCGGAGCACCUUCUCCCUGCGAGCAGCAGCAGCAGAAGCAGCCGAACGACGCCGAUGACCGACCGGAGGACCUCGCCGGGGGAUCUAUGACGAACGAGGAGCGGCUUUCUGCGGCCAUCGCCGCCGCCGUGCGGCUCCAGCUGGUGGACCUCAGCGGGAACGGCCUGGCGGAGGAGGCGGCGGAGGCUCUGUACGGCUGGUGGCGCUCCUCGCCGUCGCGGCGGAGCUCCGCCAGGAGGCACGUCAAAGGAAGCACCAUCCACUUCUCGGUGGAGGGGAAGACCUGCUGUUCUUUAAAGGCCUGCUGCCGCAGGGACCCGUAG